CUUACAGUGCGUUCUUUUUCAAUAAAUGUUUUGCCACAUUUGCUGUGCGAAAGUUGUUUUGUAUAAUUUUUUUAGGAUUUCGUUAGUAAUUAAUUCGUGGUAGUAGAAAAAUGUCUCAUUUAGUCAAAAUGGAAAACGGUCAAAGUCAAACAAUUCAAGAAAUGCUGGGUUGUAUAGAAAGAUAUAACCCGGAUCACCUUAAAACUCUAGAGGCUUAUGUUGAGGAUCAAGCGAAGAAUAACACCUAUGAUUUAGAAGCAAAUUUAGCUGUGCUGAAGCUUUAUCAAUUCAAUCCGCAUAUACUUAAUUUUGAUAUUACAUAUACCAUUUUGCUGAAAUGUUUAACAAAUUUGCCGCAUACUGAUUUUGUCAUGGCUAAGUGCUUGCUUUUGCCACAGCAAAUGAAGGAUGAAACUGUGCAAACUAUAAUUGAUUUAGCAGAUAUAUUAGAACGCACCGAUUUCACUCUCUUUUGGCAACGCGUUGAUGUUAACAGAAAUAUGUUCCGCCAUAUCGCUGGUUUCCACGAUUCUAUAAGGAAAUUUGUGUGCCAUGUAGUAGGUAUUACAUUUCAGACAAUCAAGAGGGAUUUGUUAAAAGAACUUCUGGGUGGAAUUGAAGAUUCCACUUUAGAGCAAUGGAUGAAGAAAUAUGGUUGGAAAACUAAUGGAAGUUUAGUAUUCAUUUCCUCACAAGAUGAAAGAAUCAAGACUAAAAAUAUUACGGAAAAAAUUGAAUUCGAUACCGUUGGCGGACUAAUGGCACAAUGUUUAUAAAGCUUUAUAUAACAAAUUGUUUGAAAUAAUUACGAAUACAUGUCUUAUUUCUUAAAUGUAAUUAUUGUGGUUAUUUCAAAUAUACAAAAUUAAUUUAAAACUA